UUCUGAAGUUUCGAGAGAAGGCUCUCAAGGGCCGAUCCCAAUAUUUUUUACAUGGCUACUUCUACAUUAGGCUUAGAGCAUUGCGGGGAUCGCGGGGAUAUUCACAUUAUCCACUUAAAUCACAUAAAUAAAUAAAUGAUCGAAUAUUAUUAAUCUAAAUGUAUCAGUCAUUAAUGGUUACAAAGUUACGUUCAAGUUUUGUUAUUUGUAUAAGCAAGGAUCAUUAAAAUUUACUGUAUACAGUAGAUGUUAAUGUUUAAAUACCAAAGCAAAUUUUGUUUGAUUACCUCAUUAGUAAACCUUAAAGAUGAAGUACAACGAGUGCCUCUAGAAAAAGAAUGUAUGAUCCGUGAUAUUCUAAAACAAUGUGUUAGUGUGAUAGAUAAAACAAAUGAAGCAAAUCAAUGGAGAACCAUCAUUAAGCUUAAAAUUUUAUAACAUUUGAGUAAAAGGCUUACAUUUAGAAAUUAGAUGUUUUUUCUCCACCUAUUUAGAAAAUUCAAAAAUAUGCAGCAUCAGUUUUGGAUGACUAAACAAACUCUUACCCGUAAGUUUGGGAAAAAAGAAGAUGAAUGCAUUGUUUCAUCUGAUACUUUAUUGGAUUCAAAAUUAGAACUUUUUCGGAAUAUAGAAUCUUCUUGUAUGCUACUACAGAAAAUAGUUAAUAAAUACUUGGAGUGUCUUUGUUAUCUUUCCCAAGAAAAAAAUCUGUUAGGAAGAUUCUUAAUAGAAAACGGUAAAAUUAUCAUCAAAUCAGGAAAAAUGAUUCUGACGACUGGUGAAUCAAUAGUAUUUUGUGCUCAACAAUUAUUGCUUCUACACGAACCUUUGGUAAGAUUUUAUGAGGAAAUCGAUACAUUUAGUCAACGAGCUAUUUACGAUACACUUCAAAAUGUAUUACAAACAGAAAAAUGUAGGACAGAAUAUAGAGCAACAUUGUUGUGGAUGAAAAAUGUAUCUCAACAACUUGAUCCAGAUACUAAAAAACAAUUAGAAAAAUUUAAAAAAGUACAAGUUGAAGUUAAAAGAAAAAAAAAAAAAUUUGACAGAUUCUCGAUGGAUUGCUUACAAAAAGUAGAACUACUUGCAGCGGCUCGGUGCAAUUUAUUCAACUAUGUACUUAACGUUUAUCAAAAUAGGAUCAUUAAUCUUUUUCAUGAAGCUUUUAAAGCAUUGCCCAUGCACAAAAAUUUCAAGAAACAGAAUAUCGAACCCUUAGUUAAUCUCUAUACGCAAACAAUGGGUACUUCUAAGCAUAGCAUUAAUAAAAAGUUACCUUAUGGAACUGAAUCUCUUUUUUCUGAUGAAGAUAAAGAUCAGAAUUUUUCUUAUACCAGUGUAAAAAAGGAGAUACAUGAGGAUAGUAUUAACUUUACUUCGUCCACUUGCAACAAAAUAGAACAUAAUUUAUUAAAAGAUCUAGAUGUUGAAAUGAAAUGGAAAAUGAACUGGAGUAUCGAUGAAGGAGACACUAAAAGUCAAAAUACUGCUUGUGACGAUUUAAAAAUGAAUAGUGACGGUUUCCAAAUCUCAGGCGAUGCAAAUAAAACGACUAACCACCAGCCACAUAGAUAUAAUGAACCUACAAGUUGGCUCAACUUCAUCGAUGAUUUAGACCCUUUAAACGGAAAUUUAGUGAACAAAACUGCUAUUGGUUACGAAAGCUCGUUCGUUUGAGUUAAUGCAAUAAAAUUGAAAGCGUCUGUAUGAAAAAUUAGAAAAAUUCUUAAAUGUAUUAAAAAUGGAAAUUGGAUAGCAUGUGCUAUAUAACAGAAUUAUUAAAGUCUUACAAAAAAUAAAAUAUCUUUAUUGAUAUAGAACUGCCACUGUUAAAAAAUGUUUGGAGGAAAAUCACAUGAAAAAAUUAAAAAUUAAAAAAAACUACUUUUGAUAUUCUACUUGUCUAAUUUCUACUUUUUGGUGAUUAUCUGUGUUAAGUAAGAACUUUUAUUAUUUUUAAAACUGUGCCGUAGUAUAAUUUUGAUGAUGAAAAUAAAUUACUAUGUUUUAAUUAACAUUAUUACACUUACUCUAUGGGAUAUCGUAGUGUCAUGUUAAUGGUAGA